CCUCCCUUUCUUGUCUCCUCUUUCUUCCCUUGACCCGUGCUCGGAAGGUCAAGCGAUAAGGGCGUCUCGGAAGGAGGAGGAAGGAGGCGAAGAAGCUGCUCAUCAAUCGUCACUCCGCUCGCUUCUCGCACAGUCAAAGACCCUGCUUCGUGCCAAAGAUGCGAAAUUUUCCAUGUUUUAGUGCAUAUGGUUUGAUGGGUACCUGUGUUUUUUGCGAAAUUUGGGAACUUGGGGCGUUGAUCACCCGUUGGAGGUGUUGAGUGUAGGUGGAUCGGAUGUUUUGAGCGUGCUUAGCGACUUCUUGAAUGAGGGGGGUUUUAACUUUUGAUGUUGUUGAGGUAGUGGUGGUUCAAUGGGGGGUCCAAGCCAGAGACAAUCAUCGACCUUGUCGUCUCGCCUCUCGCCAUUGGCCGAGCCCUUCAAAUUGAGCAAGCCCUAUCAGCAGCAAGUUUAUACUCACUCAUCGGAGCAUUCUGUUGACAAUUGGCAAAGUCUCGGUCCUUCCAUUGCGUUGGUCCAUCCGUUUUCCGGUCUUGAAUUGGAAAGCGACGUGCGGGGUGAUUGCAGUUACUCUGUUUAUGACUUUGGAUCUAAAGUCUCCGGCUUUCCUUAUGAUUAUCAAGAUUACCCAUCUGAGGCAUCCCAGGAUCUCAGUGGUUAUGAAACUGUAUCCGUAAUAGAGUCGUCUCAUGUGAAUUGUGGCAAAGACGUUUCCAAUCGGGUCUGUGAUGGCCAAAUCAGUGGAGUUGAGGAUGAGGGUACUCAGGAUAAAAAGGGAAGCAGCAAUGGCUGUCAGCGGAGCAUUGUUGUUGAGGGGAAGAAUGCUAGUGAUUCGACCGCAUAUCAGCUCUUUGCAAAGCAAGGGAGUAAUGCUUCUAAAGGAUCAAAGAGCUUCCGCGAAACUUGUAACGAUCUCUGUAUGGGUUAUUUAGAAACUUUUGCGAGAGACGAUCAGGUCAAAUUCCAAGGGACAGAGCAAAAAAAAGCUGAAUGUACCUCAUUUUCGGUACUAGAUCCCAGUGUCAUCCCCUUAAAGCUUUCAGUUUCAAUGGAUCAGUAUACCUCCACAGCCUCCCCAAAUAGUUACAGUCCCUCACAAUGUCCAGCAGAUUUGGUCAGAGGGAACAACGAUUAUCCCACCAUUGUUUCAUCUGAAUCUGAGAGAUGCGAAUCCCAGUUUGAAUCUCCUAAAGAAAAAAGUGCAGAUACUCCUUUUCCAGGUACAAAUCAUUGUCAAGCUCUGGGUUUUGGGCAGUCAAGCAUUGAUGAAAUAAUUUCUCCCUCCAAUUUUGCUGCUUCAAAACCUCCGAGUUGUAGUGGUAUUGGGGCUUUCAACAGAAGGGAGAUUUUUUCUUGUGAUAGUACAUUGGAAAUGGACUUUCCUGCUUAUCAGGAGAGAGUUGCUACUCUAAAAGGUGAGGAGAGAAAAAGUCAGAGAUUAGAAAUUGUCACGAAUGUCGAAUCUUUGCCUAUAGUUAAAUGCCAACGGAAAGCUGCUGAAGGAAGUAAUUUUGCCCAAGGUUCUCUUUUAAUGCUCGAAAAGGAUGGGCUCAACCAAAAUGAGCUAGACGAGAGUGAUGACGACGAAGAUUCACCUUGUUGGAAAGGACUGAAACUUUCACCAUUUGCAUUUAGAGAAUCUGAAGCUUCAGAUCAUCAACUUGAUGAAGCUCCUGAUAUUAAACUUCAUGAAAAUCGAUUGGAUGCAAGAAAAAGUUUGAAUCCCCUAGCACCUGUUUUUGUUCCUCAAAAUUUCGAACAUAAGUUGUGUCUCAAGGAGAUCGAAUGUGCACAGAAUGAUUCCUUGUCUUUCCAAAAGUGUGCAUCUUCUGCUCCUAUCCCAUUGUCUGAAGUACAGACAAUGCAAUGUGACAACAUGGCAGGACUCUCCAAUUGGGAAGGACUGAAGGUAAUUGGCCCUCAGCGCAGGGCCGAUAUGCAUAAACCUGGCCCAGAACCUCUUCUGAAGGGAAAGACGUGUAGCUUUGCUAAGGUUGAUUAUGGUGUCACAUCACCAUUUCUUAAGGAGGAUUUUAUUACACAUACCAGUAAUUUUGGCAGGGGAACAAAUCUUGAAGUUCCAGGGAACAUUAUCAAUGAUAUCACAUUUCCCAAUGCAACUAGUGUUUCUGUCUCUGCAGUGGUGCAUGUCUCCGAGGCAAAGUCACUUGAACAGUGGUCUUCUUUAGGAGUUGGAGAGCCCUCUUACACUGAGGCUCGUUCCAAUGUAUCUGAACUAGUGUCCACAUCACCAAGGACAGAAGUGGAUGUACUCGUGAAUGCGAUGCAUUCUCUGUCAGAAUUGCUUAUAGAUAAGUGUGUGAACGGAUGCAUGCUGAGUGAUGUUAUGCAUGACAGAAUCCAGGUUGUAAUCAGCAAUCUCUCAAAUUGCGCAAAACAGAGGGAGAGACAGUGGACAUCUUUGGAUGGAUCAAAUAUUCCCGGGAUCUUGAGCUUUUCAAACAAGUCCACUUAUGCAUGCAUGAAUACUGAUUCAGUGCUGUCAAAUAAAGAGUUGCAGGAUGCUCGUUCUCUGGUCAGCAAUAUAAGCAGUGGGAUUCCCCAGUUCAAUGAUAAGAGUAUGGAAGCUGGUUAUGUUGAGGACCGAAUGAGUCCCCAGACUAUAUUAUAUAAGAACCUAUGGCUUGAAGCGCAAGAGGCAUUACAUGCAAUGAAGCACAAGGCAUAUGUUGCACGUAUAAAGUCCAAGACAUAGUUUCACCAGAGAGAACACUUAAGUUUCGCUUGAUGGUAGAAGCUUGAUUUUGCAGGUGUUAAUGGAUCAAGUAACAAAAGGCUGGCUCGACAGAAAAAAGACAUGUCACUCUAUCCACGUGUCAUAUGGCAACUCAGCAUGUUGGUAACUUUCCUAUUGAACUUUUGAUGAGAUGAAAUGAUUGAAAUCAUUUGGAAGGACAAUGACCUGAUUGGAGGUUUUAAGUUCGGUGACCUGAAAGAACGUAGCUGCAAAUUUGGAUUAUUGUCCGAGUAUCUUGCCUUGAUUUUGCUGUAUGAGAAUAUGAGCUAUUCUUUGCCGCUCAGAGUGAGUCAUUAUGAGACUUUGAGAGUUUGUAUUUGAUCGUAGAUGUUAGCGGUCUAGAGAUGGUGGGGAAGGGGAACUACACGUGUUUGAGAUGACAAAAGAAACUGUAACCCACGCACAAGUUUAUGUUUGUGCAUUGUUCAUGAGAGCAUAUGAUUGCCCUUGAUGGCUCAAAUGGUCCGGCCGGAUAUGCAUGUUUUGUUUCAUUA